ACGAACAACAAACACUCAUUUCGCUGCUUUCUCUCUUUCAAAUACUCUCUCUUCUCCUUAAUUAACUUCUGCUUCUUCUCUUAAACCACUCUCGUUUUCCAUUAAUUUCUCUCUCUCUCUGUCUCCUUUCGAUCUGUUAACCUGAGAUUCGAUCUCCUUCGAAAAUUCUUGAGAAGUAGAACAUGGCUGAUUCUGAGGAUAUUCAACCCCUUGUCUGUGACAAUGGAACUGGAAUGGUCAAGGCUGGAUUUGCUGGGGAUGAUGCUCCGCGAGCAGUGUUUCCCAGCAUUGUUGGUCGCCCUCGUCACACUGGUGUGAUGGUUGGCAUGGGCCAAAAAGACGCUUAUGUCGGUGAUGAGGCUCAAUCCAAGAGAGGUAUUUUAACUUUGAAAUACCCUAUUGAACAUGGUAUUGUGAAUAACUGGGAUGACAUGGAAAAGAUCUGGCAUCACACGUUCUACAAUGAGCUCCGUGUUGCUCCAGAAGAGCACCCUGUACUUCUAACUGAGGCUCCUUUGAAUCCCAAGGCUAAUCGUGAGAAGAUGACCCAAAUUAUGUUCGAGACCUUCAAUACUCCUGCCAUGUAUGUGGCCAUUCAGGCUGUUCUAUCCUUGUAUGCCAGUGGUCGUACAACUGGUAUCGUCUUGGACUCCGGUGAUGGUGUCAGUCACACAGUGCCCAUAUACGAGGGGUAUGCCCUCCCACACGCCAUCCUUCGUCUCGACCUGGCUGGCCGUGACCUGACUGAUCACUUAAUGAAGAUCCUCACAGAGCGUGGAUAUUCUUUCACCACCUCAGCUGAACGUGAAAUUGUGAGGGAUGUGAAGGAAAAACUGUCUUAUAUUGCUCUCGACUACGAGCAGGAGCUAGAGACCUCCAAAACCAGCUCAUCAGUAGAGAAGAGCUAUGAGUUGCCAGAUGGGCAAGUUAUCACCAUUGGUGCUGAGCGAUUCCGUUGCCCAGAGGUGCUCUAUCAACCAUCCAUGAUAGGAAUGGAAGCUGCAGGCAUCCACGAGACCACAUAUAACUCCAUCAUGAAGUGCGACGUGGAUAUCAGAAAAGAUUUGUAUGGUAACAUUGUCCUUAGUGGUGGCUCAACCAUGUUCCCAGGAAUUGCUGACAGAAUGAGCAAAGAAAUCUCUGCACUUGCCCCAAGCAGCAUGAAAAUCAAGGUGGUUGCACCACCAGAGAGGAAGUACAGUGUCUGGAUUGGCGGGUCCAUUUUGGCAUCUCUCAGCACUUUCCAGCAGAUGUGGAUUGCAAAGGCAGAAUAUGAUGAGUCUGGGCCAUCAAUUGUGCAUAGGAAGUGCUUCUAAAUAUUUCAAGAAUAGGGAUUUUGGAGGAGAAGAGGGGAAAAAAAAUACAGUUUUGUUUCUUGGAAAGAAGUGAGCAGCUUGUUGCCCUUUCCAUUCUAGCUUUGUCGUCCUUCCAUGUUUAUGAUGGUCUGGACUGUGGAUUUGAUGACUCUGAGAAGGCAAGGAGUUGAUUGCCAAAAUGGUCCAAUUCUUUCAUUAUUAUAUUAUUCUGAGAUGUUUUUUUUUUUAUUAUUAUUAAAUUCAUAAAUAUAUAUUGAUAUUAAUUUUUGUUUAAGCUUUUUAGGAUCUACCCUUUUUUUUCCUAUUCAAGAUCUGAUAAAAUUGCUGGGUUUGAUUGUAAUACUACUGGUUAUUGAUAACAAGAAUUUCUAUUCUCUUUUGA